UCUCUCCCACUCGCGCAACCCACGCACAACUGCAGCAGCAAGCAACGAGCACGGGCCGUCCUCCCGCACGCACGCACAGAGCCAGGAGACCUCAAACCCGCCUCCUCGGCCACCCUCUCAAAAGCCAAGAUCUCCCGGCGCGCGGCGCAGUAAUGCUCGCCUGAUUGCGCUGGUCAUGGCGCCGACACAGGAGCGGGACUACAUCGGGCUGUCGCCGGCCGCGGCGGCGGCGGCCACGGAGCUCCGCCUGGGGCUCCCGGGAACGGAGGAUGCCGCUGGGGACGGCGGCGGGGCGGCGUCGGGGGCGCCGCUGACGCUGGAGCUUCUGUCCAAGGGCGGGGCGAAACGCGGGUUCGCGGGCGCGGUGGCGGAGGAGGAGGACGAGAAGAAGAAGGCGCAGCCACCGGCCGCCAAGGCACAGGUGGUAGGAUGGCCACCAAUCCGCAGUUACAGGAAGAACACCAUGGCGACGAACUUCUCUGCUCCGAGAAGCAAAGACGAGGCCGAGGCGAAGCAGGCGCCAGCACCAGGCUGCCUUUAUGUCAAGGUUAGCAUGGAUGGUGCUCCAUACCUCAGGAAGGUGGAUCUUAAGAUGUAUAAGAACUACAAGGACCUCUCGCUGGAGCUGGAGAAAAAGUUCAGCGGCUUUACUGUUGGUCAUGGUGAAUCGACUGAAAAAUCAGGAAGAGACGGACUAUCUGAUUGCCGACUGAUGGAUCUUAAAAGCGGGACUGAACUUGUCCUCACUUAUGAGGAUAAGGAUGGUGAUUGGAUGUUGGUUGGAGAUGUUCCAUGGCGGAUGUUCACAGACAGCUGCAGGAGGAUGAGGAUCAUGAAGGGGUCAGAUGCAGUGGGCCUUGCUCCGAGGGCCACCGAGAAGAGCAAGAACGAGAAGUAGCAAAAACGACGAACCCGAUCUGUUUCCUGCGGUCGCAUCGUACAAGGGUGAUGGACCUUAUGUGUGAGAAAGGGAUUUAUAUAUAACCUACGUGUAUUCUCUUUAUUAUUUCCUUCUAUCUAUCUGUGUUCGUUCGGAACAAGCAUGUUAGAUCGUGUAAGUUGAUGUGUGUGUGUAUCUACUACACUACUUUACUUUGAUUCGGUCGCGUGUGUUGUAUGUAGUUUCCGCUGUAAAUCGGUGUGCUAUGCUUGUACCUCAAACUCGUGCUUUCUGGAGUUCGGGCUGUCUGCUUGCAUC